GAGAAAGGGAGGAGAGUGUGUCUGUCUGACAGUCUGUUGAGCUUGUCUGGAUGCUUCUGAUCAUUCUGUUUUGCCUCUUUCACCUGCAGCCCGGGAGAACACAAGCCAAGUGUGUGUAUGUGUGUGUGUGUGUGUGUGUGUGUGCGUGUGUGUGCGUGUGUGUGUGGAGCGUCAGUGGACAUGGAUUUGUGAAGAUGGGUCGCACAGAGGGACAGAUGAACAGAUGGAGGAACGUGUAAAAUCGUGACGACCUUGGACCUAACUAUCCGCAGCGCUUGCCAAGAGACUGGAGUCUGUGCCACGUGACCACAACACCUCCUCAGCUUCUGCAGGAGGGCAUGCAGUGCCAGUGUGAGUGACAGGCAGUGUGAGCCAAUGAGCUUCUCACCGAAUCCAGCUCUAGUCCCGGACAGGGACAGACUCCCGCUCAAAAAGAGGGACCAAAGGCCAAACUCGCCGCCACAGCAGCAACAGCAGCAACUGCAGCAACAGCAGUGUGAUGCAGCAACAUUCAAGGCGCCCUACCCUUACAAGAGCCCCAGUGAGUUUAAGACGAAGCACACAGGCCCUUUCCAGCCCGUACCGAGACGGGUUCCUGCGCUGUACCAGCCCUGGAUGCCGACUCACUCAUCCACCAGGUCCAAACCUCACACCCUCUCUGCAUUCAGGGAUCAUCAUGGCUGGGCAGAGUGGAGAGAGUUCAACCCCCUGCAUCCUGGAUGGGCCUUUUCCAACCACUAUCAGCAUCACUUGUCUGGCACACCUGCACUCCACCUGGGACAUCCACACACCCCCUCCAGAUUCAGCCCAGUCUCCCUGGUCACAGAGGGUCUCCAAAGGGUGGCUGGAGGGUACAGCUUGGAGCAGCUCAAGACAUUAAGGGACAAGAGUUUAAACACAGAGAAGCAGAGCAAUGGGAGGAAUAGAGGGCCAUAUGUGAGGAGAAGAGACAGAAAAGUUGAGCAUUUUCCCAGGGUUGAAAAAGCAAGUCCUCCAUCAUUGAGUCUACCUCACUUUCCACACGACGACCGUGCACUGCAAUACGAUGUGUCGCACAAUUCAGCAAAGGUUGUCAAACAUCCCGCUUCUGGACAUUCCUUUAUAAGAGUUUCACCUGACAAUAACUCAAGCAACCCCUCCAUGAAGGAUGCAUCAAGAUCUUCUGCUCUCCCCUCCUCUGAGCAGGCGUCCUCCUCCUCUUCUUCCUCUCCUAACAAUUUCCCCUGGCUGCUUCCUCACUUUGUGGCCGGUUCUCUGAUCGAGCUCAGAGAUGGGCGGCUGAGGAGGGUGGAGCACCUGCAGACGGAGGACUUCCUGCUGGGAGCGCUGGCCUGUCCGGACUUGCGCUUGAGCUGCUGCACGGUGCAAAACAUCUCCCCUUCAGCCUCCUCCACCUCCAUCUCACGCCUCCUCAUCCUGCUUCACGACCAGCAGUCCCAGGAAUUGGUGGAAGUCUACGCAGAGUACCCGUUCUUUGUGCGUGGGAGGGGCUGGUCCUCCUGCAGCCCUCAGAGGACGGCCCGUCUCUGUGGCCUACAUUGCCGCCAGCUCAGUGUGGGGGACAUCUGCCUGGCUCUCACCCCUAUCUCAUUCCCCCUGCCUCCACCAUCAGCCACCACGGAGCCAAAAACUUCACCCAGUAAGUCAGAGGGAGGGUGUGAGUCCCUAAUGGCACCACAACAACCCCGGGUUCCCCUGGGGCCAGAGCGGCUCGCAGGGGGACAGAAGAAGGAGGCAGAGACGGUCCGCAGGAGACACUUUUCGGCCCCUGAGCUGAGUGGUCCAAGGACUAACUGCAUGUAGUGAGGAGGGUUGCUGUUUUAGGGACAGGAAGUAUGUCGAUCUCUUUCAAACUUUGCUUUAUUCAGCCUAUAUUUACUGUCUUUCUACCUCCUGAAUCAUAUUUCUGUGUUUGACUGUCGGUUUUAAAUUGUAUCUAAGGAGUAAAAGCUAAACAGGCAGAAUAAGAUGAGCUCUCAGGAUUCCUCCAGAAGUAAACUGAUAUUUGCAUAAUUGUUAAGGUAAGUUAGGGAUCAAACAGUGACUAUGUGAGUUGAGUUAAACAUUACACUUUCUCUGAGCCUGAUCAAAGUAUUUGAGAACACAGAAUUUGGAUCUUGCUCAUGUGAAAGUGGAGAACCAAAGUGUUCAUCUCUGUUGCCACAGGGAGUUACUCCAGCGAGAGGGAAUUUGAGAAAGAUCUUGCAGGCUCAAAGAAUAUUUUUGAGUUUUAUUAUUCAAGCAGUUCUGAUAAAAUCAGCCCACGUUCCUUGAAAAGCACAGAAAAAUACUCCCUCAGGUCCUUCACUGCUGAUCAUUUCGUUUAAAGAUAUAACUCUUCUGCUUAUGUAAGACUUCUCUAUAAUCAUUAAUAAUAAAAAGGUUAAUAGUAAAUAGGGAAUUUUCACAUUGACAAUCAACACCACUUUUGAUUACAUCUGUAGGAUUAAGUUUUACGCUUCUACCUCUAUUUUCUAUUGAACAUAUAUACAUAUAUAUGUAUAUAUAUAUAUAUAAUCUCUGUUUUAAUGGUGUGGGCUGUGUUGUAAUAUGCUACGUUGGAAGCUCUCAGCUUUUCGAUGAAUGUCAGUGUGAAUGCCUAAUUUUGCCGGGUUGCUCCAGUAUAUUAUAGCUGCUUUGCUUUUGUACUGACGCUCCUGUUUUGAAUGUCUGUGCCGUUGUUAAGUGAAGACGCUUGUGCCAUUCAAAGUACUUUAAAAAGCACAAUCUGGGAUUGGUGUACGGUACAACGGUGAAUUAGGUCUCAAAGAUCUGAGCAAAAAAUAAAAUAAUUUUGUUGUACAUUUCUUAAAUAUACGAGAAAAAAACUUGGAUAUUGGCGAAGAUUAAAGUGGUACAUUUACAAGAAAAGAAAUCACAAAUUUCAAAAGAAAAAGAAAGAAAACUUGAAUAUUCUGAGAUUAAGAAGUCAUACAUUUGUGAGAAUAAACUCCAGAAUUCUCUAAGAUUAAAAUCACAAAUUCCCGGUAAAAAAAAGGAACCACAUCUCUUCACUUCUCAAAUUGGAUCAGCCUCUUCACACCAGAGACGCAGCCACCUGCCGUAUAUUAUCCCUGCAGUGGAUGACCUCAUGAAAUUAUGCAAUAAAUAAAUGCUUGUGAUUUUAUUGUCUGUGAGUUUUGGUCUCGUAAAUGUCUGACUUUAGAAUCUAAGAGAUUAUUCAACGUUUUCUUCUCAUAAAUUUGUGUUUUUUUCUCGAAAAGUGGCCUUUAAUCUCAGAGAAUAUCCAAGUUAUCUCCUGUAAAUGUACGACUCUAAUCUCAGAAAUUCAGAUUUUUCUGCAUAUUACCCCCUUGUAAAAUGUAAUGUUUAACCUACCGGCCCUAACACGCCGUCAAGUACAAAGCCAUUUAUCAGCACUGCAAUGUGCUUUCCUCCUGACAUAGCACACAAAUGUAAAAAGACUAAAACAUUUUAAAUGCAGUCCAUUUGGACAAAACUAUGUGACAGUUAGGGCAGACACAAUGCUGUAACACAGAUUGGGUCUUUACCUUGUGAAACUAUUUUUUCUCAUUGUUAAAUAAAUAUUUUUAAAGCU